AUGGCGCCGAUGGUCACUGGCAAGGAGCGCGAGUCGAAUCUCGCUCGACUCCUUGGUUCCGGCUCUGCCGGUAUUUCGGAAUUGGCUGUCUUCCAUCCUGUCGACACCAUUGCCAAGCGAUUGAUGAGCAACCAGACCAAGAUCAAGAAUACGAGCGAACUAAAUAAGGUCAUCUUCAAGGAUAAGGCAGAGGCGGCAUUCGGUCGAAAAUUCUUCUCGCUCUUCCCGGGAUUGGGUUAUGCGGCGGGUUACAAGGUCUUGCAAAGGAUAUACAAGUAUGGUGGUCAACCCAUCGCAAGAGAUUAUCUUGCGGCGCACUAUGGCAAGGACUUCGAGGGCGCUUUCGGAAAGAAAACCGGCAAGGCAAUCAUGCACUCGACUGCUGGCAGUUUGAUCGGUAUUGGCGAGAUUGUCUUACUACCAUUAGACGUAUUAAAGAUCAAGCGCCAGACCAACCCGGAAGCGUUCCGAGGACGAGGCGUUUUCAAGAUUAUAUCGGAUGAGGGCUUUGGAUUAUAUAGAGGUUGGGGAUGGACUGCAGCCCGAAAUGCUCCUGGGUCAUUUGCACUCUUCGGUGGCUCGGCUUUCACUAAGGAAUACGUCUUCGCACUAAGUGACUAUAACAAGGCGUCAUGGUUCCAGAACUUUAUCGCUUCAAUUGCCGGUGCUUCGGCAUCCUUGGUUGUCUCUGCUCCCUUGGACGUUAUCAAGACCCGUAUUCAGAACAGGAAUUUCGAGAACCCCGAAAGCGGCUUCCGUAUCUUAUCCAACAUGGCAAAGAACGAAGGUUUCUCUAGUUUCUUCAAGGGAUUGGUACCUAAGCUCCUUAUGACCGGACCGAAGCUGGUAUUUUCCUUCUGGCUCGCCCAGACACUGAUACCAGCAUUCGACACAAUGUUGAAAUAG